CUAAAUAAGGCCGGGCGAGCGCCUGACGCCGGCCGUGGCUGCAGCCCAGCCGUGGGGGCGCGUGGCGAGCCCGGCCGGGGGCCAAGGGCAGCGGGGCCGGGGCUGCCCGGGGGCUGCUGGGGACACGGCACCGCGGGACAGGGACCCGGGAUCGGGGCACGGGGGCACUUGGGGCACGGGGGCACUGCGGUAUUUGGGGUGUGAGGGUGUGAGGGCACCGGGCACUGUGGCACCGGGGGUAUUUGGGGUACCGGGGAGCUGAUCCCCGCUCGUGGCGGUGCGGGGAGCGGGGCCCCGGUGCUGCUCGGGGCCGUUCCGGGCCGUGCCAGCCCCGCCGCGAUCCGGGUUCCCGGCGGAGGCGGAGCCGCGCAGGGAGGAUCCCGGGACGGGCGGCGGAGCGGCCAUCGCUCGGCACCGCCCGGCGCGGCGCGGGGAGGGCGGCGGGGCCCCGGCACCGGCACCGGGGGCACCGGGAGCACCGGGAGGGGGGGGCCGGGGCCGCACCGCGCCGGGAGCGGGGCUCCGGGCAGGCGGGGGGGGGGGCCGGGGCCGGGUCCCGCCGCCGCUCCGGAGCCGCCCCGUGCCCGGUGCCCGUCCCGGCGGGCGAGGGCGGCCGGGGCCGAGCCGUCGUCGCCGUCCCCCGGCCGUGGGCAUGGCCGCCCGCAUCCUGCACCGCCUGCGGCACGCGCUGGGCGCUGAGGGCGCCAGGGAGGAGCGGGCACACGACGGCGGCGAGGCCGAGGACUGCCCCGAGAGCUCGGAGCUGGAGGACGACACCGAGGGGCUGUCCACGCGCCUCAGCGGCACCCUGAGCUUCGCCAGCCACGAGGACGAGGACGGGGACGAGGACGAGGACGAGGAGGACGGCGCCGGCGAGGAGCCGGGGGAGCCAACGGAGCCCACGGGGGAGGCCGCGGGCGCAGAGGACGGAGGCAGGUGCCGGGACGCGGAGCCCCGGGAGUGGGACGCGGCGGCGAAGCCCCCCGGCGGCAGCCUGCUGACCCGCCAGCUGCAGGAGCUGUGGAGGAAGUCGCGGAGCAGCCUCGCACCACAGCGGCUGCUCUUCGAGGUCACCAGCGCCAGCGUGGUUAGCGAGCGCUCCUCCAAGUACGUGGAAGAGGCUGCGGCGCAACUUCACGGCCGAGACCAUCGCCAAGCGCAGCCGAGCCUUCGAGCAGUUCCUGUCCCACCUGCACUCCAUCGCCGAGAUCCGCCGCUCCCCCGAGUUCCUCGAGUUCUUCUUCCUGCAGGACCUGCGUGCCGCCCAGCGCCUGACCUGCACCGGCAUGUACCGCGAGGCCCUGGCCACCUGGGCCAACGCCUGCCGGCUGCAGGAGCGGCUGGGGGUCUGCGGCUCCGGCCGCUUCCUGCUGACGCUGGCCGGGCUGGCCGUGUGCCACCAGGAGCUGGACCAGCUGGGCGAGGCGCACGGCUGCUGCGAGCAGGCGCUGCAGCUGCUGGAGGCGCAGGACAGCCACCCGCUGCUGGGGCCCUUCCUCCAGGCUCACGUCCACCUGGCCUGGAAGGUGGGCAAGGACAAGCGGCGCUCGGAGGCCCGGCUGCAGGGCCUGCAGGAGGCCGGGCUGCCCCUGCAGCAGCAGCCCAGCCUGAAGGAAUGUCUGAUCAAGGAGCCUCUCGAGUGAGGCCCCGGCCGGCACCGGGCUCAGGGUCCGUGGGGGCAGCACGGCGGCAGCACCAGGGCAAGAGCCGGGGCAGCGAGGGUGAGGAUGGGGCACGGAGGCAGAGCGGUGUCGGCACAACCCACGCGUGGUGGCUGGGAGCAGGGCCAGCCCCUCUGGGAGCUGCCCCUCGAAAAUGCACUUUCUGUGUCAGUUCCUCCGGCGCCGGGUGCUCGCUGCCCGCACCACCUGCCGGGGGGCCGGCUGCUCCCUGCGGGGGCUGCCCGAGGUAGACGGGGUUCAGCCGGCACGCACAGGCAGCGCGUUAAAGGGACAGGAAGGCUUCUGGCCAGGAGCUUCCAGUAACACAUAAUAAAAAGGACUUUAUUAAAUAAAGUCUUGGUAGGAAAAAGA